CAGAAAAAAGGCAAUCAAAUUGACUUGCGAACUUUCAAUACAGAAGUCACUGAUGAUCAUGAACAAAGAUCGACACCAUCUUCUGUACAGCGUGAACCAGACAUGAUUGGUUUACUGAAGUAUUGGUUCAAAGAAUGUUACAACAACCACCCCUACUGCCGCCCUUCAAGUCCCUCGUUUAGUCCAACGAGGCUCUUGCUCAUAGAGAAUGAGUAUUCUGCGAGGAUAGUGGAAACAAAAGAUUGCAAUGCUCACUACCCAUAUGUUGCUCUGUCGCACUGCUGGGGAACUGUAAGCCGACUCAAACUCCAGAAGAGCAACAUGGUGGACCUGCUCAAGCAUAUCAGCAUCACAGAGUUGCCAACGACCUACAGAGAAGGAAUCUCUGUCACUUUGGCCCUUGGUUUCUCUUACAUAUGGAUCGAUUCGCUGUGCGUCAUCCAAGACGACGAAAAGGAUUGGGCUGAGGAGGCGGCCAUGAUGAAGGACGUCUUCGAGCAUUGCUCUAUCAACUUGAGUGCCACCGCGGCGCCCGACAGCUCACAAAGCAAUUUCACACACAGAGAUGCCACAAGUAUCCUGCUCCUUGAAGGAGGCGAACUUAGCUCGGCGCCGCAUCGACCUCGCUCGAUCCCAGAUGUGGUGGCAUUGCCAACAACACUGGGCUUGCGAGACGCAUCCUUCGGGCGUAUGGAGUCCAGAGGACUAUGA